CCACAAUCUUUACUCUGGUUGCAAGAGGACUAAUGCCUAUUUUAUUUUGGGUUAAUCUAAUUAAGUAAGAACCUGGGAUUGUGAUGUCAGUGUAUUAAUAGAAGGAAGUAAUGCUUCCUGUAGUAAGGACAGCAAUUCUGACCUUUUAGAAGCAGGUCAAAAAUAAAGUAAGGCAAGCUGCAAUAAUAACACCAACGCAUUCUCUGAUAAUAUAGCUUUAAGUAAGAUUAUGGCUUUUGGAUUGCAGAUAAAAGAUGAAGAGAGUGGCUACAAUAAAAACCUAUUCUGUAUUCCUAAGCAUUAUGAAGAAGACUUAGAAAGAGUUUUCAUUCCUCAUGGACUCAUCCUGGACAGGACAGAACGAUUGGCUAGAGAUAUGCAAGAUAUGGGAAACCACCACAUUGUCGUACUCUGUGUCCUUAAAGGAGGCUAUAAAUUCUUUGCUGAUUUGUUGGACCAUAUAAAAGCACUAAAUCAAAAUGGUGAUAAAUCUGUCCCCAUUACUGUGGAUUUUGUGAGAAUAAAAAGCUACUGUAAGGAUACACCUACAGAAGAAAUCAGUAUUGUUGGAGAAGAACUGUCUACACUAAAUGGGAAGAAUGUCCUAGUAGUAGAGGAUAUUAUUAAGACUGGUAGAACAAUGAAGGCUCUACUUUCAAAACUAAAAGACAAUGAACCAAAGAUGGUAAAAGUCGUAAGCUUGCUCAUCAAAAGGACAUACCUAAGUCCAGGCUAUAGACCAGACUACAUAGGCUUUGAAAUUCCAGAUAAGUUUGUGGUUGGAUAUGCUCUUGACUAUAACGAAUACUUCAGAGAUCUAAAUGUAAGUACACAGAAGUGUGCUUUGACUGUUAUGUACAUGAGUGUUCGCACAGAUAACUAGCAGAAAAUAUUAGUUUCUACUAGGAGAUUCUGGUCAAUUAAUAAAACUUCAAAUCUGACUAGAUGCCUCUGUUAAAAGGGUAACAACAUUAUUAAUAUGCCAAGAUGACAGUUUAAUAUAAAUACAUAACUUGUUCAUGCCUUACCUUUUUAUGAAUUUAUUCUACAAGUCUUGUGGCCCAGCCUUCCGGUACAGUAUACUGAAUCCUCCAAGAUGGUUGUCAGCAUAUAAUCUGCUGGCCGCAUCUGAAAAGAAAGUAACUUGUAAUUUGGUUUUGAUUUCAUGUUUGUCUUAGAAAAGAGCAGCAUAAGAUUUCACUAGUAAUUUUUUUUUUUUAAUGGUAGUAGACUGGACUGUGUGUGAAGGUGUUUCCCACACUGUAAAGUAUGUGCCUCAAGACCUUUUUCCUUUGUUCCGUUAUAGUCUCCCUGUGCUGCACUGAGUAGUAAACAGACCCUGAUAGAAAGAGUUGAUCCUUUUUUUUACCCUUCCUACUGUUCAAAAGCAUCUUCACAAAUAUGGCUAAGUGGAAAAGUGUCUCACUUUAUGGAAAAAAAAAACAGUUCUGUAGAAAAUACAUAACAAAUCUCCAUUACUCCAAAGCAGUGUGGAGAAGGGCGUGAUAAAUGAACAAAACUGUCCUCUUCCAGAAUACACAAUUUCUCUGUAAAUCAGAUGAACUUUGAAGUAAUAUUAACAUUUCAGUUUUACAGCAAGUAGUAAAGUUGCAACCAAACUCACAAACCUUAAUGUCCUAGUUCCAAUAUGAGAACAUAACCAGGAAUAAAACUGAAAAUAAUUGUUUAUU